AUGCGAGUCAGAAGCAUCUGCUCUCGAUGCCUUUGUGAACUGCACAAAUCGCAUGACCUGUUCAUGCGAAAACAUGAAACACGUCAAAUAUGUCAGUGUUCACAUGAUGCACUCCAAAGUUUGAGGAAAGAAGUGUCAAAUGUAAUGCCCAUACACACUCCGUUCACAGAAAUCUUCAAUGAUAGCAAAGAAAUCUAUGCGCUCUCCAAGCAAGGAGAGAUCACUCUCGCAAUAGAGUCCAAUUUGCUUAUUGGCGGCACGGACACAAUCAUUCAAACAUGUGAGAUCUCGAUUCGUGUGGUCAAAGCACUCUUCGCUAUCUUCGCUACAGCUGUAGCGAAGGCACAAGAAUUGAUUUCCUUUGCAAGUCAUCAAUAA